AAAUUAUUGCUGCCUAUAGUAUUACAUAUGUCAAAGAUGAAAACUGGUAGUACAAAUACAUGUGUAUAGACACGGCCAGGCUAAAAAUAGGUAGAUAACAUCCUUUCAUUUUUCUCCGCAUCUAUCAUCUCCUCCUCCGCCCUUAGCCUCAGAAAACACUUUUCUUUUCCUUUCUUUUCUUUCUUUUCUUCAUUUUCUCUCUCUCAAAAGCCAUCUUCGAUACAAAGCCGUCGAUGGCAAGCAUGGCUAAUAAUAUGCCGAAACUCAAGACUAUUGGCAUCCAACAGCCCGAAACCGCCUAUAUUGACCGAUAUGCUGUCCGUAUAGUUGCUCUCAACCCUCUUGGCGACGUUGCUAUUAUAUAUGUUAAAAGGGGGAACUAUUUGAAACUUCCAGGUGGUGGUAUUGAAAUAAACGAAGAUCAUCAUAAUGCCGCCCAGCGCGAAGUCGAAGAAGAAACUGGGGCCGUUGUUUCCUUACGCGGCACUGGCUGUAUAGCUACUACCGAAGAAUUUCGCAGCGACCUCCAUCAGAUCUCUUACUGUUAUCUCGCCGAUGUUCUCGAUACUUCCGGUAAUCCCUCUCUAACAGAAGAAGAACGAAUUGACGGGCUUAGCCAUCAGUGGCUGCCUAUCAACAAGGCCAUAGAAGCCAUGACCUCAGCUGAACCAACAUCGGAGCUUGGCCGUUACAUACAAGAGCGCGACGUUUACCUUCUUACUGAAGUUAGGAAGGUUCUGGAAGAUGGACAUGAACAGGUGGAUAGGAACUGAAUCCUACAACGGAAGUUUGAGCUUGAUGUGAGAAUAAUGCUUCAUGGCUGAAUAGCUGGUAAAGCCUUGGUAUAUCUCAUUUAUUUUAUUUCCGGAGCAAUUAUAUUAGUCGUUCAGGCUUCAAAUAUAUCUCGCAGCCUCUUGUGUGUACGGAGAAUCAACUGCUGCGUGGUGGAGCUGGAAAUGAUCCGAUGAUCGCAAUGUGAAGAUUAUAAAGCGUUUAAUAGGUAUCGUGCCAUAGCGUUGCUUUGAUACUUUUUUGAGGCGCCCAUUAAAGAGAUCGUAUACCAAAUUUUAAACUUCAAGACCUUG